AUGGAGCUGCCGUGGGUGCUGCUGGCGCUGGCGGGGACGGGCACAGCCGCGGGCCUGGGUGACUCUCUGGGGGACAGGGCAGAGGGGGAUGGGGGUCUGGAGAGCCAGGAAGGGGGUUAUGGGGCUGGGCAUGGCUGGGGGGGUCCCCACACCAGUGUUGUCACCCUGCUGCUGACACUGCUGGCACCCCGUGAGCUCCCCCUGUGCCAACACCGGCACUCGUGGGCCCUCUCACGGGUGGGGGCCGGGGUCAGUCACUUGCUGAGCGGAGCAGAGCAGGGGGUCCCUCCCUCACCGUCCACUCCCCCAGCCCGGCUGCCCUACGUGCCCCGCGUGCCCCCCGUGGCACUGCUGGGGAAAGUCACUGCCACCACCUUCGCACUGGAGAGACCCUGCUGCAUCUUCGACGGGCACGCCAGCGCCUCGGACACUGUUUGGCUGGCGGUGGCUUUUGCCAACGCAUCAGCCACCUUCAGGAACCCCCCAUCCCGGGCUGACGUGCCCCCGUACAAGCAGCUGCCCACCACGCACUCCUACAUGACUCUGGAGACGGCGGCGGCCGCGUACGCCUGCCCAGCCCCGAGCCCGGCCGUGCUGCGGGUCGGGGGUGACACGGCGUGCAAGGACCAGGGCAGGCAGGACCCUUGCAACGGGCCCCUGCCCUCCCCAGGGCCCUACAGGGUGAAGUUCCUGCUGAUGGGCUGCCACGGCCCCAAAGCGGAGACGCACUGGUCCGACCCCAUCCUCCUGCACAGAGCCCUCAGCCCGAGCACCAUCGACCCCGUGCCCACGCGCCGUGGCAGUGAUGUGGUGGUCAUCGCCUCCCUCCUGGCCAGCCUGGGGACAGUGCUGGCCACUGCUGUGCUCGGAGCCCUGGGUGCCAAGGUGUGGGGCUCCCUGUGCCAGCGGGAUUUGGGGACCAGCGCCUUCGCCUGCAGAUCCUACCGGACCCAUCACAUCCCCCCGGCCCUGCCACAGCCCCCACCCCCAGGCUGGUGGGAGCUGUGA